AUGUCGGAUAUUUCAAGUCAAAAUCCAUUCAGUUCAACUAGAACAUAUAUUUUAUCAAGGUUAUUAAAAUGUGUUAAUAAAAAAUUAAAACAUCUUUAUUUAAGUGGCAUAACACAAGAAAUAUUAGAUGUGAUCUCGGAACAUAACACCGAAUUAGUGACAUUACACCUGAAAUUGAUUGAUUUAAAUAAUGUAACAUUGAAAAAAAUAUUAACGUCAACAUCAAAAACAUUGAAAGAAUUAUUUUUAGGUGACACACAUUUUGAUUUAUCAUAUAUUGAAUCAUUGAAUAAUAAUGAAAAAUUUAUUGUCGAGUUGGCUAGAUCUAUACCUGAAAAUGUUGAAACGUUGGGAAUAAAUUUUUGGAUGGAUACAAAAUACGUGAAAUUAUUUUUAUCGAAUUUAUCAAAUUUAUCAAAUUUACGGAAAAUAAUUUUAUGUAGAAAUAUCAUGAUCAAGGAUGAAGUAUUAAUUGAAAUUAAAGAUUUUAUUAAAGGGCAGAAGGAGCUGAGGGAAAAGAAAGGGGGAGAAGAAUUGUUGAUAAAUUUAAAAAAAUUAUAUUAUUUACCGGAGGAAUGGAUUAGAUUUAAUCAAAAAUUUAUUGGCUUUAGUCAAUCAGAAAUUGAAAAGGCUAAAGAAUUUAUUCCUAUAAUCAAGGAGUUUAAUCAAAGAAUUUAG